UUGUGGGAAAGAUGUAAUGAUCAUUUUAGAUUUAUUGAUUGCUUUUGAUUUUAUUAAAAAUCAUACCUGAAACUAAACUUGUAAAUUUUGCAGUAAAAGUAUUUCGACACGUAACUUGCGGCAGAGCUGUCAUAUCCGCAGCAGAGAGUUGCGUAACUGAUAGCUUCUAGUGUUCCACCUGUUUUUCGUGGUAAUGUCAAACCAGUUGCAGGUUUUCUCCCGGUCCUAAGUGUUUUAUUAAAUUAAUCGGUUUCAGUAGCUAAAGUUAUCACUUAGCUAGACGGAGCAUGACCUUAUCUCAAAUAGGGCGUUUGAAGAAAGUAACGGGUAGGACGGUCAAGAAGGAAAGACAAAAGAGGACAACAAUGCUGCAGCUAGGAGAUGAAGUCAUCCUGUACUCGGUCGUCUUCGUGGUGGUCCUGCUGGGGACACGGAGCCCGCUGUGGACAACCGUCCUCACCGCCUCCCUCUACCUCUUUAUGGUCAUGUUCCGGUUCCCCCAGGUACCGACCAGCCGAGCCCGGCAGGUGCUGCACCCAACCCAGGGCGCGGCGGGCUCCGGCAAGGUGUCGGUGGUCGCUCACCGGGGCGGUGGGCACGACGCACCGGAGAACACGAUAGCAGCCAUACGAGAGGCCAGUAAGAAUGGGGCGACAGGCGUGGAGUUGGACCUGGAGUUCUCAGCAGACGGCGUCCCAAUACUGAUGCACGAUGAGACUGUGGACCGGACCACCAACGCGUCGGGACCACUCAGCCAGAUGAGACUGUCCGAGUUGCGUAAACUGGACGCAGCUGCUAAACAUCGACUCAGGGACAAGUUUGCCGGAGAGAAGAUCCCAACUCUGGAGGAGGCAGUGCAGGAAUGCAUCAAACUGCAGCUCACCAUCUACUUUGAUGUCAAAGGUCAUCCAGAUGAGGCAGCUGCAGCCCUUAAAGAAUUGUAUAAAAAACAUCCGGUCCUGUACAACAGCAGCAUUGUCUGCUCCUUUGAGCCCAAAGUCAUCUACAGGAUGAGACAAAGUGACCCAGACGUGGUCACAGCAUUGACCCACCGGCCAUGGAGCCUGAGUCGUUUCGGAGAUGGUGCCCCACAUUUCUCGUCACCAUGGAAACAUCAUUGGACCACACUAAUGGACAUCGUGUUGGACUGGGCGCACCAUCACGUUCUAUGGAAGUUCUGUGGCAUCUCAGCCUUUCUUAUACAGAAGAACUUUGUCUCAGUGGACUAUGUCCAGUACUGGGCCCAGAGGGGGGUGGAGGUGGUAGCCUGGACAGUCAACACACAAGUGGAGAAAGAGUAUUACCAGGAGCUGCUACAAGUGAACUACAUCACAGACAGCCUUGUGGAAGACUGUGAACCCCAUUACUGAGAAACACAUGAACCCACCACACAAUGUGUUCACACACAUACUCAUUAAAAAGAUAAAAACCCAUAUGAAAGGAACAUUUCACUUUCUACUCAUCACCCAUAAUGUGGCAUCAGGUAAGAGAACAUAUGCCACUCUUUUAUUCCCAUGCACGCUUUCAUGAUUGUGAGUGUGUGUAAGACUGUGUAUGUUUAUUUGAGGCAAUCAAACUGACCAGACUGGGUGCUAUACUUGAUGACAAGAGGACAAGUAACAUGUUUUAUUCUGACAGAAUCUUUUUUUCUCAGACAUGUUGAGGCACCUGACGUGCAUUUAUAGACAUUUUGAUCAUUUGUGUCUAUAGACCUUAAUCAAAUGUACUGUAUUCACCAACUCAGGACUGCAGUGAUUUUUUUUUUUUCUUUCUUGAUAAUCGUGUCUGUCUUAAUGUCCUACACUGUACUUUUUCAGUGAAGGCCAGCAGGAAGUAAACUACCUAGAAAUGUUUUUUAUCACUCGUGAAAAACUAAUACUUAGAACUAAUGUGAAUAAACAUUUUAUAUCUUUAACAAAUGCGCAUAUGGAACUGAAAUGUAGAAUAGUACAAGAUUGGCAUACAAAUAGUGAGUUUUUGACCUUGCAUCACUUUUCUAAGCGGUGCCAAUUUAUUGUUCUUGAAGUUCUGAAAAAGAAGCACCUAAUUUUCCAAUUUAUAUUGUACAUACAUCAUACAAUAUCAUUACUAUACAUAACUUGAGAAACAUAAUUUGAUUCGUGGUCGUGGACUCAGACUUCUGUAUCUGUACAGUGGAUACCACUGACACUAGAAACAUUUUAACUUUCUUCUGUCAAAUCCGUCUCAUGUAACCACAAGCUUACAAGCUACAAGAUGAGGAAUUAGAAUUACUCUCGAGUACAGUUUAUUUUAACAGAGUACUGUAUAUAGAAACAGUGCAGAGGAACAGUAGGGGAUCAGCAAUGAAGUAGGUAGGAAUGUGAGAAGUGCAGCGUGUGAGAUUGUAUGAGGCUUUAAAACUGCAGUAGAUGUGCAGAGAUGACCACUGUCAGUCAAGGUAACAUACUGACUUGUGAUACAUAAGGCAGCAGCACCUCACAUACAAGCUUCACGUAAGCUGUGCCAGUGAGCUAGCAUCUGCAAUAUCAGGGCCUUAGAACUGGAAAACCUAAAUGGAAUGCAGCCGUUAAUCAUGUUAAUAAUCUGUGUUUGACAAGUUAAGUUCCCUGUCUAGGUUUUCAGACUGCACAGUGCUCUGAAAUAAGUAAAUAAGAAAGCUGGACUAUUUCUGUUUAUAUGCUCUUUGACCCAAAUAUCAACCUCAUCUGCAUUUGAUCUGUUUGAUUUAAUCUAAGCUGACGUGACAAUUUAAAAAUCGUUAAAAAAAAAUAUUAAUCAUUUAAUGAAUGAAAAAGUGAAAGACUUAUUUCACUGUUAGUCUUAAAAGCAGAAGAAAUAAAUCAUGACGAUUUGAUUUAAUAUAACUGAAUGUGUUUUUGUGGUGAUGCAGAGUGGAAAUAAUGUACAAAAUGCUUGAUAUCUCAUUUUAAAGUGAAAUUGUGAAAUUAGAUGUUUUCUCACUCCUUGGGACAGCUGAGACCUUGGGACACCUAACGGGUCCCUAAAGAUCAGCUGUUUCAGCUGACAUUCUUCAGCCAGGCCCUAUGCAGGACUGAAAUGAUUCAGUAGAUCAACACUAAAACCAGUGGUGUUGGGGGUAAGCAUUAACAUACUGUCUCAGAAGUCCAGAAAAAUACUUUUGACAGCAUUGUUUCCAGCCAUAAAUGCUUUUUUACCAGAUCACACAACUAGGGAACGAAAAGUGUAUUAAAAAAAAAGUGAACUGCG